UCAUACUAAUUAUUUAAGUUUAGACUAAAAAUGCUUAUUUUAAGGCGAUUUUACAGCAGCUCUAAACGCAUUGCCCACAUUACAAAGUCCCACAAGCCAGGUGACUCUCUAAGCCUGCAGGGAUGGAUCCAGAACGUGCGCCGGCUGAAGAACAACACAUUUCUGGACAUUAGCGAUGGAUCCACGAGCAACAGGUUCCAGGUGGUGGUGCCGCGGACUCCGGAGAACCAGCAUCUGGCGCCGGGCAGCGUCAUCUCGGCGGCGGGCCAAAUCCAAGUGGCUCCGAAUGGAAGCUUUGAGUUGCACGCCGAUCGCGUGGAAAUGUUGGCUGAUGGACACCUGCAGGAGGGCUAUCCCUUCAGCCCCAAGCAGAAGCACCCACCGGAGUACGUCCGCGAGCAUCUGCAUCUUCGAUCUCGCGUCAGUUACAUCGCCGCUCAGUUGAGGGUUCGGCACAAGGCCCAGAAAGCCAUCCAUGAUUACAUGGAUGAGUUGGAUUUCGUGCAGAUCAAUACCCCGCUGUUGACCACCAAUGACUGCGAGGGAGCAGGCGAGGUGUUCCGCGUUCAACCCGACUCUGCAGCUUUGCUCAAGCAGAUGGAAAGGCCAAAUGUGCCGGCGGAGCAGAGCUACUUUGAUGACAAGGUCUUCCUCAGCGUCUCUGGUCAGCUGCACCUGGAGGCCAUGUCCUAUGGCCUGGGUAACACAUACACUUUUGCGCCUGCCUUUCGAGCGGAGAACUCCAAAUCGCCCUUGCAUUUAGCCGAAUUUUACAUGUUUGAAGCGGAACUGGCCCAUCUGGAGGAGUUGGAGAAGCUGGCACGGUUCAUUGAGCAGCUGAUAAAGUCCAUCACGAAUAGAUUGCUGGAAACAAGCUCGGAGGAUCUUCAUUUUUGUCAGCGUAACGCCAACACCACCUCGGAUCUAGCUUGGCUGCAAGUUCCCUGGAUAAUAAUGAGCUACGACGAAGCCCUCAAAGUGCUGCAGGACAAUAAAGAUAGCCUAAAGACUCCCAUUAGUCUGACAGAGGGUUUCUCCAAGGACCAAGAACUGUUUCUCGUCUCCCACUGUGCUGCCCCCGUUUUCGUCGUGGAUUGGCCCACGCAGCAGAAGCCCUUCUACAUGAAAGUUUCCCGCUCCAACCCCAGCGUAGUCCAUGCCCUGGAUCUCCUGAUGCCGUCAGUUGGCGAACUUUGUGGCGGAAGCCUGCGCGAAAGUGAUGCCGAGAUGUUGAGAUCCCAUCCACAGCUGCCAAAGAAUCUAUCCUGGUAUGUGGACCUGCGAAAAUACGGAGGAGUUCCCACCGGGGGCUUUGGCAUGGGCUUCGAACGUUAUCUGCAGCUGGUCACGGGCGUUAAGAACAUCCGAGACGUGAUACCUUUUCCCAGAUAUCCGCACAGCUGCAAAAUGUGA